CCCCUCAGUAGGUUGGGCAGAGUGGAGAGUUGAGUCGCGGAGGCUUGCUGGGGGCGAGUGCUCUGGGCAGAGUAGAGUCCAAAAUGCAGAGAAGAAGCUUUAGAGUGAGUCAACAUGCUCUUACAUCAGCGGACAGCUCAUCUGAUCCCUGACUCUUUGCAAGACGCAGGCUGGGAUUUUCAGGAAAGCUCAGCUCCUGUUUAGCUCCCCAAAGGCUGUGCACGUGGAGGUGUGCAGGCAGCUGCGCGCUCUCUCCACCAAAAGGCCAAAUUGGUCAGAUUGGAGUCAGCUUUGGUCCAGAAGCCUUGUAGCUGUGUUAGCACGAUACUGUGUCCGGUUCACUGAGCUCCAGCCUCGCUUUUUUCCUUGGUGGCUAAAUGGCAGCUGAACUCUUCUAACAAUCUGACCCAGUCCCCGUUUUAAAUAGCAGGUAAUAAAGGGGGAGUUUGUGCAGCAAGCUGAGCUCCAGCUCUGGGAAUGGUCCAAGCUGCAGCUGGAGUGCUUUAUUUCAUUGUUUUGGUGAAGUAUUUUAAUGUAAUGUUUAAUGCUUUAAAAGCAAAUAAAUUGUCUUCGUUACACAAUGCAGUCCUCCUCCUGGCCAUCUUCAUGCUUGUUCAUGUACUGUAUGGCUCAGAAACCCACCCACGUCCCAGAACAAUAUUAAACUUCUAAGGCCUGAUGCUGAGACGGACAGAAUCCCUGCAGGUCUUGUUGAUGUCAGUGGGGGACUGGGCUUUAAAUCUCCCUCCGUCAGGACCUUAAGCAGAUCAGCCUUCUGCAGUUGAACUGAUGCAACAAUGAAAUCAGUGUCAUAGGAUGACACUGCAAUCCUGCAAAUUUAAGCUGGAUUGUUUUUUGUUGGGUUGGGUUUUUUGGUGCAGACUGUGGAGCAAACUUAAUAUAAGGAACAGUUUUUACUACUUACUCUAAAUGUAAGUCAGCUUACUUUUCCUUUCAGCCAUUUCUUCCUGCAGGCUCUUGUUUGAUUUCCUUAUAAAAUCCGCAAAACUAGGCGUUGCAUAUGUUUUUCCCUUUUUAAGGUUUUAGGUGCAAAUGUCUAAGCGCAUGCUUUUUCAGAUCCUCUCUGCUUCUGUUGUAUGUUUUCAGUACUAAAGACAAACUUGUCUCGCUUCAAACCCAAUUGACGGUUUUGCCUGACCUCAAGAUUUUAUUCGUGGCACUAACUGGAUACUUUCAUAAUAGUCUCAGAGACCGGAGGAAAGAGGGGCCAGACUGGGCCUUUGAACUUUGGCAACUAAACUCUGAGCUAUGGAGUUUGGAGGAAGUUUGGGACAAAUUAGUGGGACAAAGAGCAAAAACACGUGUUAACUGCUGCCCAUUCUGCACAGCGUCCUCUGCAUGAGACCUUGUUCUGUCAGUCCAGUACCUAGCAUUACUACCAUGUUCACACACAAUAAAUACAAAUAUAUAUAUAUAUUGUGCUUUAGUCCUCCCAUCUGUAGUUCAGCAAGAUUGAACAAGGUUAGUACUUGGAUAGGAGACCUUCCAGGAGAGUUUAGUUGCUGUAGGAAAUAGCAGUGUUCACUUACUGAGUAAUAUUUUUCCAGUACUGAAGUCAAUAUUAAGCUGACAGUGUCUCCUGGUUCUGGGGAUGAUGAGCUAUAGAAAUUCCAGCUUUGAAUAGGGUAUGAAAGCAAAUUCUUGAGCGUUUUCGGUCAUGAUGGGGCUUUUGGCAUUUUACCACAGAGUAGGAGAGUAUCCUGGCCAAAUUCCAGCCUGGGUAAUUACAUUCUGCUGACUGAAAUUGAGCAGCGGUUAUUGCUGUGUUUCACUGUUGGGCAAAGUGAUCUUCACGUAGGGGCUUAAGUUUGUGAAGCGACUUAGGAUAAAGCAGAAUGAAUGGGACUUACAGAAAUGUCACUUUAGCCUUCACAACUCCCUCCUGAAGGCCCAGUGAGGCUAGUCAGUUUGCUAUUGCAUUCCUUUAAAUGCCAGUGGUGCAACUGCUGGGGCGUUGCUUGGAGUGGCUGUGGCAAUGUUUCCCCAUCUGGGGCUGUGAACCGUUGCAGUUCAUAAGACAUCGCAGGAUGUCUUCAGCGACAGUUGUACUUUCUUAUAACACGUAUACACAUUCCCAUGCGUCAAGCAAGGAGACAAACAGAAUGGGAGAAAAAGAAAUAAUAAAAGAACAUUCCAAGUUUUCUUUGUUUAUAAAUUAAAAUAUUGUGACAGUGCCGUUCAGGCUGAUCCGUGGUUGGUGUUUAGUUUUCAAAAAGGCUAAGUGAGCUUUUGAUUGGAAAAAAAGGUAGAGAAACUCUGAUGUAAGAUAUAGAAGGCUACCUGGAAGUGUAUUUCCUAUCAUGUAUGUACCCCUGAUGUUUAACAAUUUUUUCUCUCCCUGACCUUCCCUACUUUAUUUUGUACCCAGAUUUUCUUACUUCUGUCUGAAAUCUGCCUUAUAACUUCACAAGUUUUCAGGAGAAGAUCACUGUGUUUCACUGGGAUAGGAAUAUUGCAGCUGCUUCAUAGCAGGAAGAUGUUAUACGUAUUACAGCUUAAUUCUGUUCUACUUUAAACCUAGAUAAAGAAUGAAGACUGUCUGUACCAUUUUGAUUACCUCUUCUAGGGUUCAAAGAGAGAAUCAUUUCCCCUGACCUUCAUUUGCUAAUGGCUCAGCUUGAUCUAACCAGUAUACAGAUAAACGCGCUGUUAAACAAACGUUCUAGUAGGAAGAACCAUCUCAAUGUCUAAAAUUCCUUUGCCCCUGCUGGUAUCAGUGGCUCUUAGUAAGCAGCUAAAAUCUCUGCUCCACAAAGUAACGAGAGCUAUUCACAAGAAGCUUUUAUGUGAACGGACAAUUCUGCCAUCCUCUUAAAAGAGAUGAGAUGAAGGACCCUUCACGAUGACAGCUCUGCAAGCUCCAAAUACGAGAAACUCCUGCGUGAGGAGUCUUACGCUUUAUCUCCAGAAUGACCUUCGUUCCUGUUAGGCUAAUUUCACCUGUAGUCACAAGUUUUGCUUUUGGGAUUUAGACCAUCAGUAGCCACGGAACUCUUGCAUAAAUCACCUUUUUUCUCUCUCUUUUUUUUUUUUCCCCCCCCCCUCUAUUUUACGAAGACUGUUAACAGAGCUAUUAGUGGAAUAAGCAAAGCCAAUAUUCACACGGUUUAACAGUGUACCUAUAGCACCUUUUGUCCCAAGAUGCCUUACCAAUGCCAUACAGCACGCGUGUCCCAGCGUGCUACUUGUCAUGAAAUUUCCUUUCACUUAGGCACCACCUUAGUUUCCCAAAUUGACUGUUAGGGACAUUUCAGCAAAUAGCACCUCAUACUCAGACACCGCCCAAAGCUGCCUUUCAGAGCUGAGAGCUUUCUCCGCGAAUGCAUUCAGAGCUAAGGAGACCAUGCGCGCACCGUGCGUGUUGAUGCCGUGCACCUAAUGGGAACACCGUGACGUAACUGAGGGAAUGGCAGAAGGAGGGCACGCUGGCGCUCCUCCUGUCCGGCUGUGGGUGCGACGCGUAGGUGUUUACUGUGAUGAGCACCGCAAAACGUGGCUCGUGGCUGCGGAAGAGGAGGAAGGUAUGCUGAGGGCCCGGAUCCAAAGAGUUCAGGUUCCCCUGGGUGAGGCGCUGCGACCCAGCCAGCUCCCCCCAUCCCGGCUGCCUCAUAUGUGGCAGCUGUCCCAGGGUGAGCAGUACAGGGAUAGUAACUCUCGCGUUUGGGAGAUAGAGCACCAUCUCAUGCUUGGUGGUGUUGAAGAACUGCUGCUUAAACUCGUGCCUGGUGAUUAA